GCGGCUCUGUGACGUAGGUCCAGUGUAAACUCAAAAAGAGCCUCUGGGACGGCGCUGUUAUUGUUCGGUCUGAGGUGCGGGGGGUCGUGGGCGCUUUGUUUUUAGCUUUGGGGGGCGUAGGAUCCUGACAGCAGGCUAAGUCCACAGUAGAGCUGUCGCGCUUCAUCACUGUAUUUAUUUUGGCGGUAGUUGAAGUUAGGACGGGACGAGUUGCUGUGCUGGAUGGACGCGCGGGUGUCGGACUUAUUCGGCUCAGGAAAUGAACCCAGCUCUAGAAAUCAAGCCGGCGGUGGCAGUAAUGGAAAGCAGGGGCUCGGACUCGGGCUAGCCUCCAAAAAAGCUAAUGCAAAAGCCAACAAGAAAGCAAGAGCGCGAUUCUCCCGCAACAACUUUAAAUCCAGUAAUAACACUCCGUAUCUGCCUCCAGAGGCUGAAGAGGGAAAUAUAGAAUACAAGUUGAAGCUAGUGAAUCCAACUCAGUACCGCUUUGAGCACCUGGCAACACAAAUGAAAUGGCGUCUCCAGGAGGGAAAAGGCGAGGCUGUCUAUCAAAUUGGUGUUGAGGACAACGGUAUGCUUGUGGGACUAUCAGAGGAAGAUAUGAGGGCAUCUUUAAAGACCCUUCAUUUAAUGGCACAAAAAGUGGGAGCUGACAUCACUGUCCUCAGACAAAGUGAGGUCGAUGAGGACUCUGAUUGCCCACGUAGCAUUGCUGAAGUUCUCAUUCGCAAGGUGCCAGACGACCAACAGUUCUUGGACUUGCGAGUAGCUGUACUGGGUAAUGUGGAUUCAGGAAAGUCCACAUUACUGGGAGUUUUGACACAGGGUGAGCUGGACAAUGGACGUGGCCGGGCAAGGCUCAACCUCUUUAGACAUCUCCACGAAAUUCAGACUGGGCGAACCUCAAGUAUUAGCUUUGAGAUACUUGGAUUCAAUAGCAAAGGAGAGGUUGUAAAUUACAGUGAGUCUCGAACAGCAGAAGAGAUUUGUGAGAGUGCCUCUAAAAUGAUCACAUUCAUCGACUUGGCGGGCCACCAUAAGUAUCUGAAAACUACCAUCUUUGGUCUAACCAGCUACUGUCCUGAUUUUGCGAUGCUGGUCGUCAGUGCAAACACGGGCAUAGCUGGUACAACGCGGGAGCAUCUUGGGUUGGCCAUGGCUCUGAAGGUGCCCAUCUUCAUUGUCAUCAGUAAGGUGGAUUUGUGCAUGCGAGCUACAGUGGAGCGCACAGUACGGCAGCUAGAGCGUGUCUUGAAGCAACCUGGAUGUAAUAAGGUUCCAAUGGUUGUGGCAAAUAAAGACGACGCAGUAACUGCAGCACAGCAGUUUGCCCAGUCACCCAAUAUCACACCAAUCUUCACAUUGUCCAGUGUGUCUGGAGAGAGCUUAGACUUGCUGAAGAUUUUCUUCAACAUCAUUCCUCCACUGAGCAAUAGUAAAGAACAGGAGGAACUAAUGCAACAGCUAACAGAGUUUCAGGUGGAUGAGAUUUACUCUGUUCCUGAGGUGGGAACAGUCGUGGGGGGUACUCUGUACAGUGGCAUUUGUCGUGAAGGGGAUGACCUUGUGGUAGGGCCUACUGAUGCUGGACAAUUUUACAAGCUGACAAUCGGCAGCAUCCAGAGGAAUCGCUCAGCAUGCAGGGUAUUAAAGGCUGGCCAGGCUGCUACACUUGCACUAGGAGAAUUUGAUCGCUCAUUAUUAAGAAAGGGUAUGGUGAUGGUAAGUCCAGAGAUGGACCCUACUAUCUGUUGGACAUUUGAGGCAGAAGUCGUGUUACUUUUUCACGCGAAGACCUUCCACAAAGGUUUCCAGGUUACUGUGCACAUAGGCAACGUGAGACAAACGGCCAUUGUGGAGGAAUUGUAUGGAAAGGAAGCACUAAGGACAGGUGAAAAAGCAGAGGUUCGUUUUAGAUUCAUCAAACACCCAGAAUACCUAAAAGUGGGAGCAAAAAUGCUCUUCAGAGAGGGUGUCACCAAAGGCAUCGGACAUGUCACCAAGUUGCAACCAGUGGCCCAGUACAAACCAUCCCAAAGAGAGGAGGACGGGGCCUAGGGCCCUACACCACAACACUGGCCUCUGUUUUUCCUCCCCCGUGGACAGUAAAGCCCUUCUCAAUCCAUUAUCUUGUCACAACUAUUCUCUCAUUUUACAAAACAUCUUUAUGCUUUUCUUCACUUUCUGAUGCUCUACAGAUUUAAUGUGAGGCACUGAUAGACAAUACCAUCACCUUUUCUACAGAGUAGAAUGUAAACCCAAGUGGACCUUUUUGUGGCAGAAUUACACACGUGCACUGUUUCCAUCUAAAUGCGCUCCAUCAGCACAUAUUGAUCGCACAUUGCCACUUGCACUGAAGCUUGGUUGUCACUCUUUUUUAACACAGCAUAAACACAAGCACCACUUGGGCCUGAAUACCAAAAGAUGUUUUUUUUUUUCAUGUAGUGUUUUUUAUUACCAGCUGAGUGCCUCAGACACAUGCCGUAGACAUUUGUCUAUUUUAAUACACACAUGUAUCUCUUUUCUAGGAUGUUUAAUAUUGACUUCAGACCCCGCUUGUGUGUUUAGAGUUAUAUUUGUAUUUGCUGACAAAGCACUUGAAGAUCAAUGUUAAGAGUUGUUACUAUAACUCAUUUUAGGUCAGUCAGCUGAGAUAAGUCUCAUAAUAGCCUUUAAAGUGCUUUUAGUUCCUCAGGUUUGUAUAAAAUACUGCCACUUUGUUAGAAUCUUUCCAGUGGAGGUGUUGCUAGUAAUCGUCUUUAUCUGAUUAUGCAGGUAUGUAUGUUUUUGUGUGUCACCUGAAGUAGAUGCCUAUUGUUACUGAUGUCACAGCCUACACAGGGCUUUACACAGUGCCUACAGAACUGCUAUUUAAAUGAUCUUCCAAUUAGUAAAAGAAAUGUACUACUUAAGUUGGUGCUACUUAAAAAUAUCUGUUUUCCGAAAUGUGUUUUUGGCUCGGUGUGGCCUCUUAAGUGCAUGUUGAUUGAUCUCCCACAUACACCUUUUGGGAGGACAUGUGAAAUGUUUCAUGUGCUGUUGUCUGUGCACACUGAUUAGGGCGUUAGUUCCAAGGGACUUCAACCAAAGGUUUUGUAGUUCUAUGUCAGAUGUUAAUGUUUCUGAUGAUGCAUCUGAGAGAUAUUUUAUAGAAUAUUUUAAUAGUUUUGGUUUUUACAAAUACUUUAAGAACUUCAUUCAUUUAAGUUUGUCUGUGUGUUUUUUGAAAGGAAAUAUAUCCUGUAAUCAUUUGGGUGAAAUGCAAUAUUUAUGUACAGAUCCAAUUAAUGUGUUAGAAUAAAGAGUACUCUUUAUG